UCCAGGGGCGGGGGGGCCCGCGGCGCACGCAGUUGGGGCGAGCGGCUGCUGCAGCGGACCCGGGAGCCGGAGCGGGAGCAGGAGCGGCAUCCUGAUCACAGCCCGCGGGGCCCGCCGCAGCCAUGGGCAACCGCGGUAUGGAGGAUCUCAUCCCGCUGGUCAACCGGCUGCAGGAUGCCUUCUCCGCCAUCGGCCAGAACGCGGACCUCGACCUGCCGCAGAUCGCCGUGGUGGGCGGCCAGAGCGCCGGCAAGAGCUCGGUGCUCGAGAAUUUCGUAGGCAGGGAUUUCUUGCCCCGCGGAUCUGGCAUUGUCACCCGGCGUCCCCUGGUCCUGCAGCUGGUCAAUGCUACCACAGAAUACGCCGAGUUCCUGCACUGCAAGGGGAAGAAGUUCACCGACUUCGAAGAGGUACGCCUGGAGAUCGAGGCUGAGACCGACCGGGUCACAGGCACCAACAAGGGCAUCUCGCCAGUGCCCAUUAACCUGCGAGUCUACUCGCCACACGUGCUGAACCUGACCCUGGUGGACCUGCCCGGAAUGACCAAGGUCCCCGUGGGAGACCAGCCUCCCGACAUCGAGUUCCAGAUCCGGGACAUGCUUAUGCAGUUCGUCACCAAGGAGAACUGCCUCAUCUUGGCCGUGUCCCCUGCCAACUCUGACCUGGCCAACUCGGAUGCCCUCAAGAUCGCCAAGGAGGUGGACCCCCAGGGCCAGCGCACCAUUGGGGUCAUCACCAAGCUGGACCUCAUGGACGAGGGCACAGACGCCCGAGAUGUGCUGGAGAACAAACUGCUCCCCCUGCGCAGAGGUUACAUUGGGGUGGUGAACCGGAGCCAGAAGGACAUAGAUGGCAAGAAAGACAUCACAGCUGCCCUGGCUGCUGAACGCAAGUUCUUCCUCUCCCACCCAUCCUACCGCCACCUGGCUGACCGCAUGGGGACACCCUACCUGCAGAAGAUCCUCAACCAGCAACUGACGAACCACAUCCGGGACACACUGCCAGGGCUGCGGAACAAGCUGCAGAGCCAGCUGCUGUCCAUUGAGAAGGAAGUGGAGGAGUACAAGAACUUCCGCCCUGAUGACCCAGCCCGAAAGACCAAGGCCCUGCUGCAGAUGGUUCAGCAGUUUGCGGUAGACUUUGAGAAGCGCAUCGAGGGCUCCGGAGACCAGAUUGACACCUAUGAACUGUCAGGGGGAGCCCGCAUUAACCGGAUCUUCCAUGAGCGCUUCCCCUUUGAGCUGGUCAAGAUGGAGUUUGAUGAGAAGGAGCUCCGACGGGAGAUCAGCUAUGCUAUCAAGAACAUCCAUGGCAUUAGGACGGGCCUCUUCACACCUGACCUCGCUUUUGAAGCCACAGUGAAAAAGCAGGUGCAGAAGCUCAAAGAGCCCAGUAUCAAGUGUGUGGAUAUGGUAGUCAGUGAGCUCACGGCCACCAUCAGAAAGUGUAGCGAAAAGCUCCAGCAGUACCCUCGGCUGCGCGAGGAGAUGGAGCGCAUCGUCACCACCCACAUCCGGGAGCGCGAGGGCCGCACCAAGGAGCAGGUCAUGCUUCUCAUUGAUAUUGAGCUGGCUUACAUGAACACCAACCAUGAAGACUUCAUAGGCUUUGCCAAUGCUCAGCAGAGGAGUAACCAGAUGAACAAGAAGAAGGCUUCCGGGAACCAGGAUGAGAUUCUGGUCAUCCGGAAGGGCUGGCUGACCAUCAACAACAUUGGCAUCAUGAAGGGGGGCUCCAAGGAGUACUGGUUUGUGCUCACCGCUGAGAACCUGUCCUGGUAUAAGGAUGACGAGGAGAAAGAGAAGAAAUACAUGCUGUCUGUGGACAACCUGAAGCUGCGCGACGUGGAGAAGGGCUUCAUGUCGAGCAAGCACAUCUUCGCCCUCUUCAACACGGAGCAGAGGAAUGUCUACAAGGAUUAUCGGCAGCUGGAACUGGCCUGCGAGACACAGGAGGAGGUGGACAGCUGGAAGGCCUCCUUCCUGCGGGCUGGCGUAUACCCUGAGCGUGUUGGGGACAAGGAGAAAGCCAGUGAGACGGAGGAGAACGGCUCUGACAGCUUCAUGCACUCCAUGGACCCUCAGCUGGAGCGGCAGGUGGAGACCAUCCGGAACCUGGUGGACUCGUACAUGGCCAUUGUCAACAAGACUGUGCGGGACCUCAUGCCGAAGACCAUCAUGCACCUCAUGAUCAACAACACCAAGGAGUUCAUCUUCUCGGAGUUGCUGGCCAACCUGUACUCGUGCGGGGACCAGAACACGCUGAUGGAGGAGUCUGCCGAGCAGGCGCAGCGGCGCGACGAGAUGCUGCGCAUGUACCACGCGCUGAAGGAGGCUCUCAGCAUCAUCGGCGACAUCAACACGACCACCGUCAGCACGCCCAUGCCCCCGCCCGUGGACGACUCCUGGCUGCAGGUGCAGAGCGUACCGGCCGGACGCAGAUCGCCCACGUCCAGCCCCACGCCGCAGCGCCGAGCCCCCGCCGUCCCCCCAGCCCGGCCCGGGUCGCGGGGCCCUGCUCCUGGGCCUCCGCCUGCUGGAUCCGCCCUGGGGGGGGCGCCCCCCGUGCCCUCCAGGCCGGGGGCUUCCCCUGACCCCUUCGGUCCCCCUCCCCAGGUGCCCUCGCGCCCCAACCGUGCCCCGCCUGGGGUGCCCAGAAUCACUAUCAGUGACCCCUGAGGAGUGUCAGCCACGCAGGAAGGGCCCGGCCUCGCCUACGAGACCUGCAGCGCCCCGACCAGCUGAGGGUCCCCUCUUAGACCUAUAAGUCUGGUCCCUGGCAUCAGCUGCUGCCCUUUCAGCCUCCCCAGGGUUCCCUCCGAGGACUCCUGAGCUUUCUGACUCCCUGAGGGGCCUCCAGGACUCUCCAGCCACCCCUUUUAGAUUUGCCCUCCUGGCUCCAGCCGUCUUCUUCUUCUAGCCUGCCGGCUGUUGUGUGGGACUCCCCGAGAUUAGGGGUGGCUCUGGGCCAGUGGGAUGGAAGACAGGGUGACCCGAGAAGAGGGAGGCCUGCCACGUGUCUGGAACUGGGUGCACUGCCUGGUGAUGUGUGAGGCUGCGCGUGUGGCAGGGGACACCCCAGCCUUUGCCCGGAUUACCCGGGAGCUCCGGCCCACCGCCUCCAGCAACCCGUUCCCAUCCUCCUUCCCUUUCCCAUCUGUCCGUCCGCCUCGUCUCUUUCCAGAAACCUCACCAUGCCCACACUGCGUCAUCCCCUCCUGCCGCUGCUGGGCCAUGGCUGCCUUGCCUUACCAGCUCUCUCCUUCCUUCUCUCUCCCGGUUUCUCUCUUGGCCUUCUCUCCAACUGCCAGCCGAUCGGGUCAGGCAAGUCCAUCCCGUCCUGAGAGUCCCAGGCCCCCCUUCGACCUCUAACCAGAUCCCUCCUAUUCCUCGGAGACCUCCCCAAAGCCUGCCUGGACGGCUGUUCUGUGACUUGACAGUGGCUCCCCGGCCCCAAAGCGUCCCCUUCAUCUGUGACUUAGUCUGUUGUAGUGGUGAGCUGACACAUCCAGGCGUGACAACGGUGAACUCUUGUGCCCCUGUGUGGUAUAUUGCUCCCGCCCUUAUCUAUAAAUAUCUAUAAAUACUCAUAUAUAUAUAUAUAUACAUAUAUACAUAUAUAUGGCAAACAGCCUCGCCUCUAGUGUUGGGAAUCAAUCACCAUGCUGUCCUUGUGGAGUCUUGUGGCCCAACUACAAGGGAACACUGUCACCGACACCCCCCUUCUGCAGUGAGCCUCCCUGCCCUGCUUGGCCUGUGGACAGCCAGCCCCCCGGCCAUCCUUUCCGUAACCCCCCCACCCAAAGCAUGGGGGCACUGCAAUGGCAGCUGUGUGGUUCUCUGACCGCCACCAGUCCUGCUCUCUCUUGGCUGAGAAUAAAACCUGUACCUGGACUAUGGGAAA